GCCCUAUUCCUAGGGGCCUUCCAGUAUGUCCUGGUUUAGUGGCAUCCUGGUGCCCAAGGUGGAUGAGCGGAAGACCGCUUGGGGGGAGCGCAAUGGGCCCAAGCGCCAUCGCCCAGCACUUUGUGGCCCACGCUACAUGAGCUGCCUACAGGACCAAGAGCUGGAGCGCAGAGGCAGUGGUGCGCUGGGGUUGAACUGUUCUUGGCAGGAAGACCACUAUGGCAGGAAGCAACCACCGUCACUUCUGCCUGGUUCUGGAACUGGAGAUUUGGGGCUCAAAGCUGUGGACCUGGGAUUUGAGGAUGGUGGCGCCAGCAUGGCGGUUGAGGCCAAGGGGCUGUCUGCCAGCGAUUGCGGCUGGCGCCUCCUGCAAGUGUUCCGCUCUAAGCGCUUCCGCUCAGCCAAGUUGGAGCGUCUCUACCAGCGCUACUUCUUCCAGAUGAACCAGAGUUCACUGACGGUGCUGAUGGGUGUCUUGGUGCUAGCGUGUUGCAUCAUGCUGCUCUUCCACUGUGUGCCUGGCACUCCCAAUGUGUCCUACACCGCUGCCCUUGCCGUGGCUGCUACCCUUUUCCUCUCCCUGAUGGUCCUCUGCAAUCGGACUGGCUUCCACCAGAACUGCAUGUGGGUGGUGAGCUAUCUGGUCAUCCUGGCACUCUGUGGAGUGCAGGCUUUGGGCACUCUCCGGGUCUCACCACGAAGUGCCUCCGAGGGGGUCUGGUGGAGCAUCUUCUUCAUCUACAUCAUCUACACGCUUCUGCCCGUGCGCAUGCGGGUGGCAGUGCUGUCUGGAGCCUUGCUGGCUGUCCUUCAUCUGGUGAUUUCUUGGUACCAGAACAAUACCGACUCCUUCGUUUGGAAGCAGCUUGUUGCAAAUGCUUUGAUCUUCCUCUGUACCAACAUCAUUGGUAUCUGCACCCACUAUCCAGCUGAAGUGUCACAGCGCCAGGCCUUCCGGGAAACACGUGGCUACAUCCAGGCUCGACUGCACUUACAACGUGAAAACCGUCAGCAGGAACGACUUCUCCUCUCUGUCCUGCCCCAACAUGUUGCCAUGGAAAUGAAGGAGGACAUCAACACCAAGAAGGAAGACAUGAUGUUCCACAAGAUCUAUAUCCAGAAACAUGACAACGUCAGCAUUCUCUUUGCCGACAUUGAGGGCUUCACUAGCUUGGCAUCCCAGUGCACGGCACAAGAACUGGUCAUGACACUGAAUGAACUUUUUGCCCGUUUUGAUAAGCUGGCUGCGGAAAAUCAUUGCCUUCGCAUCAAGAUCCUUGGGGAUUGCUACUAUUGUGUCUCAGGAUUGCCAGAGCCACGGGCUGAUCAUGCCCAUUGCUGUGUGGAGAUGGGUGUUGACAUGAUCGAGGCAAUUUCGCUGGUACGGGAAGUGACAGGUGUUAAUGUCAACAUGCGUGUUGGGAUCCACAGUGGGCGUGUGCACUGUGGAGUGCUAGGACUGCGCAAAUGGCAGUUUGAUGUCUGGUCUAAUGAUGUCACCUUGGCCAAUCAUAUGGAAGCUGGUGGCAAAGCGGGGUGA